AAUGAGCAGCAACAGAUGGAAUAUCUGCAUAGAUGUUUUUUUAAUCGACUUGAUAACAAUGUUGUUCUUCACUGGCUGUGAGAUUCUCCAUCUUGCCUGAUUGUGCGAUAUUUGGAAUGCGAGAGGUUCUACAAAAGACAGACCAAAGUAGCUCUGGAGAUGUCUGUCUUGACUUGUUCAGUUUGCUUUUUAUUCUGUUGCACAAUACAGCAGGAAUGAGAUUUCCAAACCCCCUCAGUUCGUCAAUCAGACAUCCGUGUCCCCAUAACAUAGCAGUGCUGAGUGAAUGAUUCCCAGCUUACCUAGGAGCUGUGAUCCAACAGACUAGGGUGUGGUUGUUUUGUCCCAGAGGGAAAACCACAGAAAUAUUUGUAUUCCAAGUCUUCCUUUUGAUGAGUGUGUGUAGAAAGAGGGAGUGUCUUUCGAACUGGGGUUGUUUUCCAAGGGGGUGGGUUUCCCAGGUGAGGGCUUACGUCCUUUAAAAAAAUAAAUAAAAAAAUUAACUGGCACCUCCCUUUCAGGUACCAGGAACGUUCUCACAUUUUGGAACUCGGAGCACUUACAGAGCUUCUGAGCAGGCGAAUCUCACAACUGUUGCAACAUGACGGAGUCAGCUGAAGCCGUAGCCGCUGACAUAGACAGGAAGAGAAGUGUGACAAUUGAAAUUUCCAAUGUCACCAACAACUACUGCCUUAUCAACCCCAGGGUGUAUCUUGAGAAUGGGGAGACAUACAACCCACCUCAGCCCACAGUGCGCCCUCUGAAGAUCGAGGUUUGCACUUUCUCCAAGUCCAAGGGCAAACUAACCGGCAGCAUCGGUGUGCUGACCUACGACCUCUUCGAGAGGUCCCAGAACGACUACAUCGAGAGUCUGGCCAUCAUGUUCUCAGUUCCAUGGGACUACAACCUGUACAAGAACUGGUUUGCAGUGGGCAUCUAUAAAAAGGGCCGUAACUGUGACGAGGAUUUGUACAAAGAAAUGUACUAUGAGAAGAAACAGCAGGAGCAUGGGUUUGUCAGGGAGGAAGCCACUGGGUCGGGAAUCAAUUAUGUGGGCAACUACCUAGAUAUCAAGGCCACCAUGUCUCCUUUGGAAAACUCCAUCAUGAAGGUGGAGGUGUGGGAUAAGCUUUUCACACCCAUGGGUCAGCAGCACUACUAGAGACCCCGCCUGGCUAGUCUGUCUGUAAUGUGUGCCAGCAACAGAAUCCAUCUCCUCGCCUCACGCUUUUACCUGUCAGACAGUUUCUAAUACAGCACGCAUGAUUUAACAAAUGCAUUGUUGCUGACAUGUGUCUGUAUACCUGGGUAUUACCCUUCAGUAAAUCUGCUUAAGAUCACAGCUUAGUUUGUUUAUAAAUUCAGGCAGCAAUAUCCCCUCUUUAAAGCCAAAGCCUCUCUCUGUUUCAAUAGCAUUCAGUUUUAAAAUGGCAUCUUUAGAAAUGGAAAUCAAAGGAUGACUCACCGGAGGAUGAGGGCACACGGCUUAAUAAAAUACACAGAGAAUGUGUCUGUAUUUACCUUGACACUGUAGUCUGAGGAAUAAAAUAAACCUUUUUGCCGAA